AUGAACGGGCAGGCGCCAAUUCCUGCACGGCUCUACCAUGAAUCUUCCAUCCAGCUCGAUGAGUUCCAACAAAUCUGCUCGCGCUCCGUCGACGCAUGGACAUACCCGCUCGCAUGCGCUGUCGGGCAGAAUGUCCCCAUCUACGACCUGGCCGCGCUGGAUGCGACGCACGUAACAGCGGAGACUCUCUCGCACCUCCAAGAUGAAUGGCACCACAUCUUACACAGCGGGCCCGGUGUUUUCGUCCUGCGCGGCAUGUACGCCCCCGCGCAGUACGGGCCCACCCUCUCCGCCACAAACGACGCCUUUGACCGCAUCAUCGCCCGCGAGCGCGCCUCCAACCACUCCAAAGGCGACCACUUCGCCGCCAGCGGCAGCAAUGACCGCAUUUGGAACGCUUUUUCCAAGCAUGGCCUCGAAGACCCAUCCUCCUUCGCCGACUACUACGCCAACCCCUGGCUAGCCACCGUCUGCAGCGCCUGGCUAGGCCCCGGCUACCGCGUCACCGCACAGGUCAACGCCGUGCACCCCGGGGGCGCCGCCCAGGAGGCACACCGCGACUACCAUCUCGGCUUCAUGGAAGCCGAUGCGUGCGCGGGUUUCCCCGCCGCCACGCAGCGCGCCUCGCAGUUCCUCACGCUGCAAGGCGCCGUCGCGCACACCGACAUGCCCGUGUCCUCGGGGCCCACGCGCUUCUUGCCUUUCAGCCAGACCUACCCGCCGGGGUAUAUGGCCUGGCGACGACCCGAGUUCCGCGCCUUCUUCCAGGCGCACUACGUCGCGCUGCCGUUGGCGCUCGGCGACGGGGUCUUCUUCAACCCGGCAUUGUUCCACGCGGCGGGCGCGAAUGUAAUGGACCGCGACGAUGGCGGCUUCCGGCGUGUCGCCAAUCUGCUGCAAGUUAGCAGUGCGUUUGGAAAGCCGAUGGAGUGCAUCGAUGCUAUUCCUCUUGUCGAUUGUUGCUGGGAUGCCCUCCUGGCCCGGUACCAGGCUGCCGGGAAGAAGGUCGCCGAUCGAGAUCUGGAUCCACGCCACUGGUCCCGCCCGGCGCGCGAGAUUAGGGCCUUGGUCCAAGCUCUUGCGGAGGGGUAUCCGUUUCCGACAAAUUUGGAUCGUAGGCCGCCUGCGCCGGGGGGUAUGGCGCCGGAGAGCGAGCAGGAUGUGUUGCUGCGAGGGUUGGCGGGGGGAUGGGGCAGGGCGGAGAUGGUGGCCACGCUGGAGCGGAUGCGGCAGGACUCCCGGGCGUGA